AUGUGGGGGUUUGGAGGGAGGUACUAUUGGGGGAGAAAAGAAAGAGGGAAAGUGGAAGGCAUAGUUGUAGUAUUUUCAUGGAUGUCAAGUGAGGAUAAGCACUUGAAGAACUAUGUUGAUCUUUAUUCCUCUCUUGGUUGGAAUUCCGUCAUUUGCCACUCCCAAUUCCUCAAUCUAUUCUUUCCUAACAAAGCUGCAUCAUUGGCACUAGAAAUUUUAAACGAUCUUGUCCAGGAGCUAAAAAUCAGGCCAUGCCCAGUUGUCUUUGCGUCUUUCUCUGGUGGCCCAAAGGCUAGCAUGUACAAGGUUCUCCAGAUAAUUGAAGGAAAGUGUCCAGAGCAAGUCAAUACGGACGACUACCGACUGGUUAGAGACUGUGUUUCCGGCCACAUUUUUGAUUCUACUCCAGUGGAUUUUACAAGUGACUUGGGCACUCGCUUUAUUCUUCAUCCUUCUGUUCUCAAUAUGUCCUCUCCCCCGCUCCUAGCUUCAUGGAUUGCAAAUGGCAUUUCGUCCAGUCUGGAUGCCUUCUUCCUUAGCAGAUUUGAAGCGCAGCGUGCCGAGUAUUGGCAGACUCUUUACUCCUCUGUAAGCAUGGGGGCACCAUACCUGAUUUUGUGCUCAGAAGAUGAUGAUCUCGCUCCGUGUCAGAUAAUCUGCAAUUUUGCCGGACGGCUUAAAGACCUCGGGGCUGAAGUUAAACUGGUAAAAUGGAAUAACUCAUCUCACGUAGGUCAUUUUCGGCAUUAUCCAAUCGAAUACAAGGCUGUGGUGACUGAGCUGCUUGGAAAAGCUUCUGUAAUUUAUUCUAAAAGAAUACGGCAACUUGAAGGUGAGAAGAUGGGCCUCGAGGGCACGCAUGAUCAGAUAUCUGAACCAUUUUGCAAUCUGAAAAAAGCUGCAGAGAGAUCAAGUCAGAGUUUUCAGAGGAUUGCCCUUGACUUGAAUGACCACUUUUCUGUUCCAAGUUCCAUAGAAUGUCACGAGGGUAGAGAUUUUGGAUCUGCGCAGGAUGAACGUAAAGAGCCGUACAUGCGUCUAUCCAGCCCGCCAAGCAUAAGUGCUCAUGGGGUUCUUGGUCAAUUCCUCUUCGACGUUUGUGUACCCAAGAAUGUGGAAGAUUGGGAUCUAAAAUCAUCACCAUCCUUGAGCAGGGUACCAUUUGCAUCUACACGAAGGCAUUCACCGUUAAAUCCUAUUAAAUGCAUUCGUCGUUCAAGAUUAUAA